GCCUGUUUGUUCAGUCUGUUAAUGUGUAAACCUGCAGCAGGAACAACUCCUCACAUCUGAAACUGAACUUACGGCUGUCUGCACCAUGGACACAGGAAUCAGUCAAUAUGAUUAAACUGCUGCUGCUUCAAGUCUCGCUGAGCUGCGACUGAGAGAACAAGCGAUCAUGGCUGCGGUCGGAGCAGAGGUCGCCGGCUCGGGGUUCCUCUCGCCAGGAGUCAUCAGUUUCUUCAUCCUCCUCCUCGUCCUCUCCAUCUUCCUCACAGCUCUCUGCAGCGAAUGCAAAAGACGUUCCUUUGAGCUGCGAGAAUGUGAGGACAAACAACCUUCGGCUCUGAUCAGAGUGGUGAAGCUGGAAGACGCCAUGAUGGCGAGAGAGAAUCCAAUGAUCAAUGAGAUCCAGAAGGAUGAAAAAGCAAACACUGUCACCUUCACUCCAUGGAGGAGCCACUUGGAGGCGCCACACAACCACCAAGAUGUUCAGACCAAUGGCGGCGCAGCAGCGAUGAAGACGACGGCUUACGAAACUGCUGGAGAUCUGAACAGCUCCACCCCUCCAGACUCAGACCACAUCUACCACACCAUCGGGGGAGGAUGUGGCGGCGGUGGCGACAACGCUGACGUGCCUUUACCACCGACCAAUCCCGACUCAGGGGAGGAGUGCAGCGGCGACCGCUCUGCAGCAGCGGUAGAUUUGGGCAACGAGAAUUCAGAAUAUGCACGAAUCAGCAAGAAGGUGAGAGUGGCCACGCCCCCUGAUCACGUAAUUGAGGCGGUCCAGGAGGAGGAGGAGGAGGAGGAGGAGGAGUCUUCACCUCCGCUGCCUGACAGGGAGACACAGCUGGAGGGAUGACGAUGGCAGCUACAGGACAAAGAAUGAAAGACGAAGAACAAAAGAUGAAAGACAAACAGGAUGAAAGACGCCGACGGCGGCAACGCUUUUUCAACAUGCAGCCCAUUAACCACAUUUCAGAGGGAGACGUGUAUCUAAGACUGCAGGACAAAGUGACCUGAAUCUGAUUUCUUUGCUCACACGUGACUCAGAUCUGUUUCUUUCUAACAGUGUGAACAGUCCAGCUCACAUGGACUCUUUUCCAGUUCAGAGCCACUUUCUUAUGUGGUCCAAAUCAGAUCCAGGUCUAAAAUGCAGCCUCAGUCUGGACGGUCAGAUCGCUCUAGAGCGACUGUUGUCACGAUUCGUUGUCGUACAAAAGGAAUCAAGGAGCCACAACAGCUCGGGUUAGCUCAUACUAACCCUUCUGUAUUUCAUCGCCCUCUCCUGGCUUCCUCCCGGGGUCACAUUUUCAAGAGUUACAAGAAAAGUUCACAUCUUUCUGUCCUUUUCAUUGCACGCCUUGUUUCUGACUCUGUACAGCAUAUUUGCUACACAACUCUCUCUCUACUGUUUCCAUUAGCAUGCACAUGACUCAGAAGUUAGCCGGCGACCCCGUGGAUUUCAGGUGGAUUUCAGGUGGAUUUCAGGUGGAUUUCAGGUGGAAGAAAGGGAAUCUGUGAGCAGAUGAUAGCGAGGACGAGGAGAAAGAGAGCCACAUGUUUAAGAAAGGCUUCGUGUGGAGCUUUUUAGUUCACAAGGGCUCCGUCGAGCUCGGAAACAGUCGCUCUAUAAUGACAUCAGAGUCGCAUGAAGUCCGAUCUGAACGUCCAGACUGAGGUCGCAUUUCAAAAAAAGACAUUUCAUAAUAUUUGUGCUUUUUAUGUAUUUUAUAUCACGUGUUGAUGCGUCGUCUUGUUUUCCGAUCCUCGCAUCAUGACUCAGGUCGCCGCUGAAACACUGCAGCAAAUAUAAAUGACCUUUAAUGUUUGGUUAAAAUGAGGCUGCUGAACACCUGAUGAUCUCUCCCAGCACAGAGAUUUAAAAAAGCAUCAGUCCUCUGGGGAGCCGGACAAACUGUUCAUUAGAUGUUUUAAUGUUUAAAAUAAUAUUUUUGUGGACAUGUGGUCCUGAUGGGGAUUUUCUCCCAGAGCUGAUCUCUAUUUCCCUUCAUUCUUUUUGGCAUUUUUUUGUUCAAUAAAAAGUUAUUGAAGACAAUAAAUGAGCUAACAGUCAGUUAGCAAA